AAUCAUUAUCAACUGCUUCAGCUUGUAACUCAAUAUGUAGACCAAAUUCAUUCCAUAAACCAGAAAGGGAAAACAAGAAGACGAAAAAAAAAAAGAAUGAAGCGAUCCUUCAUUUCCAUGAUCUUCUUCUUCGCCCUGCAAGCGUUAUCAGUCCUGCUGGUGAAUUCACAACAGUCAGAUUCUUGUAGUUCCAGCCUAAAACUCGAUGUGCCCUUCGAUACAACUUCUCUCCACUGCCUUUCUGUAUGGAGCAAUCAUGAUUUCAUCCUCAGAUAUGUUCAGACCUCAUUGACUGUAUGGAGUUUUGUUCUCUCGGUGCCUGAUACAAAUUCCUUUGUCGCAAUGGGGUUUUCGAGCAAUGGAAUGAUGGUGGGAUCAAGCGCUAUGGUUGGCUGGAUCUCAGCUGAUGGCACAGGAACGGUAAAACAAUAUUUUCUUGGAGGCCAGAUACCAAAUCUAGUGUUGCCUGACCAAGGGAACCUGACGAUUGUUAGCAAUUCUUCCUCCAUAACUUCCCAAUCCUCGCGUCUGUACAUGGCAUUUCAGUUGAAUACCAGUCAACCCUUGUCACGGGUGAUAUAUUCUGUCGGACAGAUUGGGGUGAUUCCAUCUUCUCCAGGCUAUGCUUUAGCUGAACACCGUGACAAAGUCUCCACCAUCUUGAAUUAUGUUACAGGUACAAGUGCAACAAAGAGCCCACAUUCAAGAUUAAGGAAGAGCCAUGGAGUACUAAAUAUGCUGAGUUGGGGAAUAUUGAUGAUAAUUGGAGCAGUAGUUGCUCGUUACUUCAAGCAAUGGGAUCCAAUCUGGUUUUAUUCACACGUUGUGAUUCAGUCGUGCGCCUUUAUACUCGGGCUAUCGGGUGUAAUAUGUGGAUUUGUUUUAGAAGAUCGUCUCAUGGCUGAUGUCUCCACCCACAAAGGCCUCGGCAUCUUCAUUCUUGUGCUGGGAUGCCUCCAGGUAACGGCACUUUUUGCAAGGCCAGACAAGGAAUCCAAGCUGCGUAAAUUCUGGAAUUGGUACCAUUACUGUGCGGGGAGAAUUUUGAUUGUAUUUGCUAUAGCAAAUGUCUUUUAUGGGAUUCAUUUGGGAGAAAAGGGAAACGGAUGGAAUGCUGGGUACGGCGUUGUUAUUGCUAUAUUUUUGUUGGCUUCCUUCAUUUUGGAGUUGAAAAUGUGGAGGAGAAAUUAACAUUUUAAAUCUUUAACUGCUCUGUAAUUUUAAUGUAUUUUUUUAUUAUAAAACCAGUUCAUA